UUUCGCGACAUUGCGCAAAAAGCGACGCAACGGAAAUUACUAAACUUUUUCUCGAGCGAAAUUUGCGAAUUUUCGAGUAAUUGGUGUUCGAGUGACGGCUGCUUUAUUUUUCUUGGGCGAGGUGUGCACGCAACGACAUAUCAACGGGCGCACUGGCAGCUUUCAGUGUUAGUCUGGUUGCGUGUUCGGUUUUCUUCGAUGAAGUGCACCGCAAUUAAAUUGUCAAGUCGAGAAGAACAAACAAGAGUCAAAAAAUGGAAAGAAAACAACACUCCGGUAUUCACCGGUGAUGAAAGUCACAGCUACUCGUUUCCAUUUUUUCCACGGAAAGGUGCAAAAUCGGCGACUUUGGCCAUAAACAAUUUGAAUUUGCCUGACAAUAUACAGUCGUUCAACACCGGGGCGUCUCUUGACAAGUGGUCAAAGAAACGUCCCCGGUUGAAGUCUGCCAAGAUUUCGAAAAGUCCAACUGAGGAUGAUCGUGACUUUUGUUACGAAACGCUUGACACUGAUUUGUCUCUCCUUUUGAACGAUUCAGAUGAUCGGCCGAAAUCGCCCGAUGAUUCGCUAAAUAAUCUUCAAUAUGAAGUACACUCAGAUAUUGAAAAACUGCUUCAAGAGAGUCAAAGGAGCGCUCACGAAGAAAAAGAAGAUAAGGCAAAGAAACGGCGUAAAAAACGCAAAAAGAAGACUAAGACUAAAAUAAUAAAAUUUUCCAAGCCUCCAAGUCCCCAGACGGAACAAGUGAUACGAGUCGAUGUGACGUCGAGUGUUUGUAAUGAAGAGAAGACAGUGGAGGAGAAUAAUAAUAAUAAUAAAGCCGAUUUGAUCGAUGAUAAACGGAAGGAAUUGAAGCGGAAUUUGGAGAAACUCCCUGAAAUGUGCGACGAGGAUUUUAUCGUGAGGUGUAAACAACUGGCGCUAAGACAGCGCCGCCGCCGCCGCUUGUAGUCCAUUUUUCCCUCAAUAAAGUUAUAACAAAUCGUA